CGCGUCGAUGACGUCACAACACGGAGGUGCGGGCUUGCCACGUCGGUCUCUCUGAAAUGCAUUUACACAGUAGCACCUCGCAGCCUUGGGUGAACUUUUAAAGACGCUUUUUCUUUGAACACGGACUGGAAGCGACGUCACCAGCGUCUUCGGAACCGUCGUAGCUCAUCUCCACGGCGCUGCAGUCGGUCUUAUUGUAGCUAGGAGGCGGAGGAAUGAUCGGUUCCGUCUGGACUCGUCCGGCUGGAAGCCACACAACUGACUGAUGCAUCCUCGUUCACUUCACCCUCCCGUAUGUUGUUGGCUUCAGCGUAUAUGGUCACUCAUUAAGGAGCAAGGGGGAGUCCCAGCGUCCAGGGUUGCCACGGUAACAGGCGACCAUGCCAGGGGGUCGCAGGGGUCCCAGCAGACAGCAGUUAAGCCGUUCUGCCCUGCCCUCCCUGCAGACUCUGGUUGGAGGCAAUGUGGGCAAUGGUACAGGCUUCAGGAGCAGGAACAGUAACUCCUCCGGUCUGUCUGCACCACCUAUCUCGUCACUCAUAACGCCAGAGCCCGUCCGUCACUCAAGAAUUCCUGAGCUCCCGUUGGACAGUAGCCUGUUGUUUGAGUUUCUCCUCUUUCUUUAUUUACUGGUGGCCUUGUUUGUCCAGUACAUCAACAUCUACAAGACAGUAUGGUGGUACCCAUACAACCACCCACCUGCCUCUACCUCACUUAACUUCCAUCUAAUGGACUACCACCUGGCUAUCUUCAUAACAGUCAUGUUGGCCAGGAGGCUUGUUUGGACUAUAGUUUCAGAGGUGUCUCAGAGCAGCGGCGGGUCUCUCGUCCGCUAUGUGGUUCUGAUUGCAGCGAGACUCUGUCUUCUCACUAUGUGUGGCUGGGUUCUCUGUUGGACACUGGUCAACCUCUGCAAGAACCACUCGGUUCUCAACCUCCUCUUUCUAGGAUACCCGUUUGGCGUAUAUGUCCCACUUUGCUGUUUCCACCAGGAGGGACCAAAGAGCCAAACUUCACCGGCUGACUGUGAUUACUCAGCCGAUCACCAGCAGACGGAUUUAACAGAAACUGCAUUUUUUCGGCCCCGGGACUUCCUUUUCCUGUUACGGGAGAACCUCAAAGAACAGUUUUCUACAGCCCCGCACAUGCCCACACACACAUGCCCACCACACACGCACAGUCACACACCCGAGCGGAUUCGGUCGGAAGUGGAGGAGCUAAAGAGCGACUUCAAUCGUCGAAUCAAAGAAGUGCUGUUCAACUCGCUGUUCAGUGCUUAUUACGUUGCCUUUUUGCCGCUCUGCUUUGUAAAGAGCACCCAAUACUAUGACAUGUGCUGGUCAUGUGAGCAUCUGAUCAUGGUGUGGAUCAAUGCCUUUGUGAUGCUGAUGAGUCAACUGCUGCCCCCCAGCUACUGCGACCUGCUCCAUCGUUCGGCGGCUCACCUGGGGCGAUGGCAGAAGCUGGAGCAUGGCUCAUACAGUAAUACACCUCAACAUGUGUGGUCAGACAGUGCAGUUUGGCCUCAGGGUGUGUUGGUACGACAUAGUCGCUCUCUAUACAAAGCAGUUGGACCAUAUAAUGUUGCUAUGCCCUCCGAUGUUUCACAUGCAAGGUUUUAUUUUCUGUUCCACAAGCCGUUGCGGAUCCUGAACAUGCUGAUUGGGAUCGAGUCCAGCGUGGUUCUGUACCAGUUAUACUCUCUGUUGCGGUCCGAGCGCUGGAACCACACUCUCUCUCUAGGCCUUAUUCUCUUCUGCAAUUACUAUGUCCUUUUCAAGCUGCUCAGAGACCGCAUAGUGCUGGGCAAAGCCUACUCCUACCCUCUGUCUGGUAGUUUGGGCUUAAAGUCACAAUAAAGAUGUAUUCAGUUUGGGAGACCAGAGGGAUGCUCAGCGCUCACAAUUGGAAGUUAAGGGACAGGACUUUGAACUCAUAAUCGUGUUUUGAUACGGUUCUAUUUUUAAUGCAAUGUUUAUAUAAACCUAUUUAAAAAAAAAUAUUUUAUUUUGUAUACUAUUUCAAGUCACGCCGGGCAUUAUUACCACACUGAUGACAUGACCAUGUUGCGUUAUGUUGUUGCUAGAAGAGGAGGAAUGUUUCAUCAAAUAUGUAAUGGUGCAAGUGGCCAAGCAACCACAUAGCCAACAGGACCUCCUGACAACCUUUGGUUAAUGUCUAAAUUUGCCCACCAUUGACCUAAAAAUCUACAACAACCCUGAGGCUUUAUUUUUAAACUCAAUUGAAGGAUGCAACUUUUCACAAUGAAAAGUCCCAACAUUUGGGGAUGUUGUUGGUGUGACAGAUGAGCAAGUCAACAGCGCACUCGCAUGUCGAUUUACAGUACAUGUUCAGUUGAGACCUGAGGCCAGGAAGUAUGAGAACGGUACCAGCAGAGACUCCUAAACCCCAGAAAGAUUCAACUGUAUGAACUUAGCAUUAGUGGUGUGUUUUUCAGUCAAGGUGCUAAGCUGUUGCUAUUGAGCGAACAUCCACAGGAGCAAUGUCGCUAGAUAUGGUACUUCUUCACUGCCUCGACAAUAAAUGCUGCACGUUCUUCCUUAUUUCAUUUGCAAACAGCAUGUGCUUGUUUGUCAUCAUGGGGUGGGUGUCUUCACCCUGGCGCACUGCGUUUCUCCUUAUUUAUGCUGCUUAAGGUCUCUGUAUAGUUUCGGCCCAUCUGUCUGUGGUGCCUAAAAAUGUGGCCAAGAGUCUAUAAACAGUUCGAACCACCCAUUGCUUACAUUUUGAAUGUCAUUCUCAAAAGAUGCUUUAUUAUAUGGGUGUGAAAUGCAUGGCUGAGGUGAGCCUUGUGUGCCUGUUGUUAGUAAUUAAUGGAUUCUCUGCAGAAUGCGUCUCCAGGUCACCUUGGAUGCUUGCCUUUGACUAAGUCAGACUCUUUAUGCUCCCUCCUGCCUUAAGUAGUUCCCUCUGACUUGUGCCUCUUGUUGAAUCUAGUCUGAAUAUGUCGCAUUUAUUUUGCAUCGUAAAAAUACAUUGAAAAGGAGACAAACAUCAAUCCACUGGUUAUCCCAAUAUCUUCUGUCAAGCCCCCACUGGAGGACAAGAUUCUCUAUUCUGUUUUUUUUUAAGAAAGUGAUAUCUACUUAUUUGUACUGUACUCAAAACUGAAACCAGCAAAAAGCAACAAAAUUGAGUGCAGUGGAGCAUACAAACAUCAAAUUCGUACAUGUUGGCAGGUGUGCACUAACAUUGAAUGUCCUUCCUGCCACCCACCCACCAGACAUGCCCUCCCCACUAUUUGAACAGCACUUGGGUUUAGCUGAGGAAUCUAAGUUGAGCUGGUGGGUGGCUAUUUGUGCCUUUUUGCGGACAAGCUUUCAAUCAGCAACGUUGUGUGUACAGUAAUGCGGUGUUAGUCUUAGCCUGCAUGGACUAGAAUGCCCCACUUGGGGGCGCUGUUGACCCGAAUGGAAUUAAGUCACACAUCCAAACAUGCGCUUAUCUUGGAGACCAUGGCAGCAAAACAACGUGUGUGGUGUUAUGUGCUUGCUCAUAUGAUAUCAACCCUGCUUUUGUUGUGUUGGUAACCCCCCCAAAAUUAAUUAAUCCCCAAUGUUGAGUAUUAUUUUGACAUUUUGGAAGAUGUUCAUUGAGUAACCUUUUGACACCAUUCCUUUUGAGUCUUGUAGCAUCCAUGAAAUGAAACUCAAACUAAAGCUGUCUCAGAGUCACAUUGAGUUAAUUUUUUUCUAUGCGUUCAUAGAAAAUGCAGCAUGCAUUCGUUCAAUCUGUUGUGGAUCACAUCCGAGCUGCAGAAGUUAAAAAAAAAAAAAAAAAAGAGCUGGUCCUCAUAUUUCGGCUUUUUACAGUAUUGGUUUCUCUCACCGCAUUUAUGAAAAUGAUUUGUUUUUUUGGCAUCUGAAAUAAAAAC